UUUGAAAAAUCACUUCUCGACCUCAUCCGAGGCGUACGGAACCAUCGGGGCAACGAGCGCGAAUACAUACAAAACUGCUUGAAAGAAUGCCGUGCCGAAGUAAAAAGUCAGGACAUGGACCUCAAGGCUACGGCCCUGCUGAAGCUUGUGUACCUCGAAAUGAUGGGCCAUGACAUGUCCUGGGCAUCCUUCCAUGUCCUUGAGGUCAUGUCCUCCCCCAAAAUUCACCAGAAGCGGCUCGGCUACCUUGGCGCUGUACAGACCUUCCGUCCUGACACUGAAGUCCUCAUGCUCGCGACCAACUUGCUCAAAAAGGACCUCAUGGCCACCGCCCCGAAUACGAUCGCUCUUCCGAUUAUCACCUUGCCACACAUAAUCACACCCUCACUCGCUCUGUCCGUCCUGGCGGACCUGCUGCCACGCCUGAGCCACUCCCACGCCUCGAUUAGGAAGAAGACUAUUGUGACGUUGUAUCGGCUUGCGUUGGUAUAUCCAGAGACUCUGAGAGCGGCCUGGCCAAAGAUUAAAGACCGCUUGAUGGAUAAGGAUGAAGACCCAAGCGUGACUGCUGCCAUUGUUAAUGUGGUGUGUGAGCUGGGGUGGAGGCGACCACACGACUUCUUACCACUGGCCCCUAGGCUAUUUGAGCUACUUGUAGAGGGUGGCAACAACUGGAUGGCCAUCAAACUCAUUAAACUCUUUGCAACGCUUACACCCUUGGAGCCUCGACUGAUACGAAAACUGUUACCCCCCUUGACUGACAUCAUCAGGACAACCCCAGCUAUGUCUUUGCUAUACGAGUGCAUCAAUGGCAUUAUCCAAGGUGGUAUCUUGGGAAGCCCGGAUGACAUUAGUGGGACAGAAGAGAUUGCCACGCUUAUUGUGUCCAAGUUGCGCGGAAUGAUAAUGAUAGACGGAGAUCCUAAUCUGAAAUACGUUGCUCUUCUUGCCUUUAACAAGAUCGUGACGACCCAUCCUUUCCUUGUUGCCGAGCAGGAGGAUGUCAUCCUCGAAUGUAUAGAUAGCCCGGAUAUCACCAUCCGCAUCAAAGCUUUGGAUCUGGUUCAGGGAAUGGUCAGCGCAGACAACCUCGAGUCAAUUGUCAGUCGAUUGAUGCGACAGCUCAAGGUCGCUUUUGAAGGAGACAGACAGCCGAAACAGACCCAGACAGACUCUGCCGACUUGGAAGAUGAUGGGUUAUCAAAUAUCAACACCAAAUCCAGGGCUCCUGAUUCAUCACCACCUCUCCCAGAAGAUUACAGGAUAGACGUCAUCGGCAGGAUCAUUCACGUGUGCUCGCUAGACAACUACAACAACCUCCUUGACUUCGACUGGUACAUCGACAUUCUCACCCAGCUUGUACGCAUGGCUCCUGUCGUACGAAGAAAGGAAGACGAGGACGACAGCUUUGUUGCUACAGCAAGAACGCGCGCAACCGACAUCACCGAGAGAAUAGGCGAUGAGCUACGAAGUAUAGCUGUCAAGGUCCAGGCCAUCAGGGGCUCUGCAGUGCGCGCGGCCGAGUCUAUUAUCUCUGGUCUUGGGUCCGAAUCGGCAACCACAACCAAGGUGGUGGGUCCGGUGUCUUGGAUUCUUGGAGAGUACGCCUCCUUCUUGGCACGUCCAGAGGAUACCAUGAAUGCGAUUUUGCACGCCCUAGCAAAGACGCAGUAUCCCGAGGUGGCGGCCGUUUCCAUGCAUGCAAUCAUGAAGAUAUUUGCGCUUGUUGUUGGUGAUGAGCGAUCACAAUGGACAGCUGAGCGUAAAGCCAAGAUAUCUCUAUUGAUGACGCGACUGCUACAUACCUUGGAGCCUUUCCCAUCACAUCCAAAUCUCGAGGUACAGGAACGGGCUGUGCAGUUCACAGAACUCCUCAAGCUCACCGCAGAGGCUGUUUCUGGACAAGAUGCAUCUACGGAUGAAGUUUACCAGGAUCCGCCUCUGCUACUUACACAAGCCUUACCUUCCCUAUUCACUGGAUGGGAGUUAAACUCUGUUGCAUUGGGCGCGCAAAAGAACGUGCCCCUCCCCGAGGGCCUGGACCUUGACCAGCCCAUCAACCCUAACCUGGAGAGAUUGCUGGCGGAGGCGCACAUUCUAAACUUGCCUGCAGAUGAAGACGACGAGUUUGAGAUAUACUACCACCAGAAGCCUGCCCCGACAAGCGUAUCUUCAUCUGAGCCGGCUAUUAAGAGACUCGCGGACGCGCCUGAUGAGGUGUCUGGCUCUUACCAGAACGCCGGGGAAGAGAGCUAUCUUGAUGCUGACAUCUUGGCUCGGAGAAAGGCAGAGCGCAUGGACAAGAACAAAGACGAUCCUUUCUAUAUACAUAAUACCUCAUCCGGAGUGUCGAGAACAUCAACGCCGAUACACAAUAUCUUGAAAAGAGAAAACGGCUCGGAUCUGGAUAUAGACUCCAUUCCUAUUAUGGCGUUGGAUUUGUCAAAGGUGGACGACGCAGCACCACAGAAACCGCCCGCCCCAUCGCCAAGACCUAAGUCGAGGCAGCGUGUUGUCGUUGCGGCAGAUGAAACCCUUGCAGGGAGCGGGAGGUCGACUCCGGGGAACUACGACUCGGAGAACACAAAUUCAGAUGGCGGAAGAAGGACCGCCGCAGGCAAAAGCAAGCAGCAGAAGAGGCCAAAGAACUCACUGCUGCAAGUUGACUCGAGCCAUAUUGGUGCGCUGAGUCUGCACGGCCGCGCCGAUGAAGAGGCGGUCAGUAGUGUCGACCCAGAGCUUCAGAAGCGCGAGGAGGCGGAGAUGGCAGCGGCCAUGAAGGAGGUGGAGCGCUUGCGGCUCGAGAUGCAGCGCGCCAACGAAAGGAUCCAAGUCGCGCAGGGGGUGCCGGCCGAGGGCGUAGCCGUCGUCCAGAAGAAGAAGAAAAAGAAGAAGGCCGUUCCGGAUGGCGAGGGCGGCGAUGAUGCCUCUUCUGUAGCGAAGCCGAAGAAGAAAAAGAAGAAGCCCCCGGUCGCGCUAGGUGGCGAGGUGGAUGCUGGUGCUGCUGCGGCUGAGGGGGAGGUGGUUACAAAACCCAAGAAGAAGAAGAAAAAGCCAGCUGCAGAGGGAGAAGGGCCUAUUCGUGACUCGUGA